UUGUGUUACUAUUUCAAGAUAUUUUAAAUGUUAAAAAAAUAUUGAAGGAUUAUAGUCGUUCAACUGAGGUUAAAGAAGAAGCAAAAAAAAGAGAGGCUAUAUUAAGAGGAUCUGGACGAGUAGUCAUGACUGCAGUAAUGAUAAAUGGAGCUAAUUUUGCAUUUAAACUCAUUACAUGGUUAUACACAGGAUCUCAUAGCAUGUUUGCUGAAGCAAUUCAUUCUUUAGCUGAUACUUGCAAUCAGAUAAUUUUAGCUUUCGGAAUUCGCAAAUCAAUUCAGAGACCUGACGUGGACCAUCCAUAUGGCUAUCAUAACAUGAGAUAUGUUGCUUCCUUAAUCAGUGGUGUUGGUAUAUUUUGCUUUGGAACAGGUAUUUCUAUCUACCAUGGUAUAAUGGGCAUUUUUUUUCCUGAAGUUAUUGAAUCUCUCUAUUGGGCCUUUUUUAUUCUUGGUGGUUCUUUAAUUUCUGAAGGAG